GGACUCAUAGCUAUCAUGUCCCUGUCUUUACCCGGACCUUCCCAGGCCGGUCUUUUCAAGCCUGGCUACCAAAGCCAUGACGCCGAAGAUGGUGCUGUCAUUCGCAACAUCGAGGCCUGCCAGGCCAUCUCCCAGACCGUCCAAACGUCGCUUGGUCCGUACGGCCGCAACAAGAUUGUUAUCAACCACCUGCAAAAGAUGAUUCUCACAUCUGACGCCGCUACAAUUCUCCGUGAGUUGGAAGUUGUUCAUCCUGCAGCCAAACUCCUGGUCAUGGCGAGUCAACAACAGGAUGCGGAGAUGGGCGAUGGUACCAACCUGGUUAUUGUUCUGGCGGGAGAACUGCUGAAGAAGGCUGAGGAAUUGCUGCGCUUGGGUCUGAAGACGAGCGAUAUAGUUCAGGGAUACGAGAAGGCACAAAACUUUGCGCUUAAGGUGUUAGAAGAUCUUGAAGUCGAUCGUUUGCAGGAUUUACGCUCCCAGACUGAACUCACUAAGGCCCUACGCACGGUGGUCGCCAGUAAGCAGUCCGGUACCGAGCAGCUCCUCGCUUCUCUUGUCGCCGAGGCUGUCCUGUCCGUGCUGCCCAAAAAUCCCGUCAACUUCAACGUCGAUAAUGUCCGCGUGGUGAAGAUCAUGGGAGGAAGCUUGGAACAGUCUCGUGUGAUUAAGGGUAUGGUGUUCGGCCGCGAGCCCGAAGGUUCAAUCAAAAAAGCCCACAAGGCCAAGGUUGGAGUCUUCAGCUGCCCCAUCGAUAUCUCCCAGACCGAAACCAAGGGUACGGUCCUGCUCAAGAACGCGCAGGAUAUGCUUGACUUCACUAAGGGUGAGGAGGAGCGCCUUGAAGCCGCUAUUAAAGAGCUCUACGACUCCGGUUUGCGUGUCGUCGUUGCAGGCGCUCAAGUCGGCGACCUGGCCCUCCACUACCUCAACCGCUUCAACAUCCUCGUGAUCAAGAUUCUCUCCAAGUUCGAGCUCCGCCGCCUGUGCCGCGUUGUUGGCGCCACUCCCCUCGCCCGCCUCGGUGCCCCAAUGCCUGACGAAAUGGGCUCCGUUGACGUUGUCGAAACUACCGAGAUUGGAGGCGACCGCGUCACUGUUUUCCGCCAGGAGGACGCUACAGCCGUCACCCGGACCGCAACGAUCGUCCUCCGCGGCGCGACCCAGAAUCACCUUGACGAUGUUGAGCGCGCCAUCGACGACGGCGUCAACGCCGUCAAGGCAAUCACCAAGGACCCGCGUCUUGUUCCGGGAGCCGGCGCCACGGAGAUUCAGCUCGUCGAACGCAUCUCUGCCUUCGCAGAUAGGACACCCGGUUUGCCCCAGCAUGCUAUCCGCAAGUACGCCGAGGCGUUCGAGGUCAUCCCUCGCACGCUCGCUGAAUCCGCCGGUCUCGAAGCUACCGAGGUCCUUUCUCGUCUUUACACUGCUCAUCACCAGGCAAACGCCGGCGUGAAGUCUACCGACGGUGAUGAUGACGACGAGGAGGAAAGUGAAGACAGCGAAGAAGAGCGUAGCUCCGGCGGCGGCGAAGCAGAGGCUUACUGGACCACUGGAGUUGACCUUGAGGGUUCCUCAUCGUCUGGUACGCUGGAUACCGUGGAAGAGGGUAUCCUCGAUCUGCUUUCCUCCAAGAGUUGGGCUAUUCGUCUAGCUAGCGAGUCAGCUCGGACAGUUCUGAGCGUCGACCAGAUCAUCGUUGCUCGACAGGCCGGUGGGCCGAAGCCCCCCGGUCCUAACCCUAACUGGGAUGAGGACUAG